UACCGAAAGCAAAGCUCGCCAAACUAUCGAUAGUGUCCGAGGAGCGACAACAACAAUAUGUCUGAUGUUCGAAAUCAACGCAAAUAUUGUUUAUCCCCCAGUUAAUAAAAUACAGGCCGCACAAUGACAACCGACGAGAGCAUAAUGGAGGAGAUGCUGGAGAGAGCAACAAAUCCGGCACAGAAAAUCGACGAACUGGGCGUGCAAAUGUUCUGCAUUGUGGUCAAAAGUAACGCCCAAUUGGUCCACAAGGCGCAGGAGAUGAUUGUGGCCAAGGUCCGCUCCACAAACGUGACUGAAGCAACGCGUGCGAUUUCGCUGCUGGAGGAGUGCAUGACGCAGUGCGGCGACGACUUCCAGGACGAGGCGUCCAAGUUCCGCUUCCUCAACGAACUGAUACGCCUGGUGUCGAAGAAGUACAAGGGCGCCGAGACGCCGCACGAGGUGAAGCAGCGGAUCAUGGAGUGCCUUCUCCUGUGGACCACGGAGUUUCCGCAGCGCCAGAAGAUACGCGAUGCCUACGACAUGCUGCGCAAGGAGGGGGACAUCGAGCACAGCGUCACGGAGGCGGCGGUGGCCAAACGGGAGAGUGUCCUGGGCACCAUUGACGAGGCCAUGUUCGCUAAGCUGAUCAAGAGCAAUAAUCCCGAGAAUUUCAAGCGGGCCAAUCUUCUGCUGCAGUAUCGGAUGGCGCAGGAAGCGCGUCGCAACGAUCUGCUGGCCCAGCAUCGACUCGUUCUUUGCGAGGUGCAGGAGACGAUGCAGCUGCUCAACCAGAUGCUGGACACCUACGAUCCCUCCAACGAGGACGUCAACGAAACGCUGCACGAGCUGUACAAGAGCUGCAAGAAGCACAAGCCCAUCUUCCAGCAUCUGCCGCAGCUGCUGGACGAUUCGGAUGCGCAGCUCGUAGCUGACACUCUGGAUGCCAAUGGCGCUCUACUGGCCACCAUGCAGCGCUACAAGCAUCUGGUGCCUUCGCCCACAAGUAUCACCGCUCCUGCCGUGCCCACGAGUGCUCUAACAUCCGCUAGCGCUGCGAAGCCCACGUCCAGCUCGACCACAGCGACCAGCACUAGCUCCAACAACGCCCAGUUGCUAAACGAACUGCUUGGGGAUUUGCUAAUCGGUGGAAGCAACGAAGCAGUCACUUCAACCACUUCAGCCACCGCAAGUCAACCGAAUACCGCCAGCAGUAGUUCCAAUGCCGCGGCCACCGCGGAGAAUCCGCUGGCCGAUUUAAGUGACAUCUUUAGCAGCGCACUGGCCGACAGCGAAGCGAAGCAGAAUCAGCCAUUCCAGAAUGCCACCAUUCUGCUGGAGCCACAGGUCAUUAGUCAGGGCACCACAACCGAGGCUUUGGCCAAUGGCAACGAAGGCAGCGCUAGCAAAGUGCCGGAAGCAAUCAGAAAGAUGCCGCAAAUCGAUAUGCUCAGCGAGGAGCUAUUCCAACAGAUCCUGCCCACCCAGGAUCGGAUGCCCAGCUUUAAGCGGGAUCCCGAGAAGAUCACGCUGAACGACUUGGCUCGCGAACGAAUGCAUGUGAAGGCGCCAGAGGAGCAACCGACUCCUAAUGAUCCAGCUUCCGCUUCUGCUUGUGCUCCUGCUCCUGCUGAUGCCAUAGACGAUGUUCCUUUACUCAGCGAUGAUGUGGAAAAGAAGGAUGAAGCCUUGGUGGCUCCAGUGACCGUUGUUCCGCCGGCCAAGCCGCUAAGCGAGAUCAACGUGGAACUGGACAAUAUACAGGCCACCGGGGAGCAGCGCAUCGUUCUCGACGACGACGACAUGCAGCUCAGUCUGAACUUCACCAGCGAUCGGCCUGGCCAUCGUGUGUCGGUGAUUGUGAUAUCGGCUCAGAACAAGAGUCGCCAGCCAGUGCACGACUUUCAGUUUGAGGCCAGCGUGAAGAAGCCAUGCAAGGUGCGCCUGCUGCCGCCGACGGACAGCCAGAUGCCGCCCCACAAGCCCUUCCGCCCGGCCACGCCCAUCAACCAGGUGAUGCUCCUGCUGAAUCCGACGGGCAAGGCCGUGGACGUGACCUGCAUCGUGGGCUACAAGCUGGGCGACGAUCCGGAUCCCAUCAAGGAAUCGAUUGUGGCCAAAGGCAUCGACUAUGUGGACUAGAAUA